UGGCGCUGCCGGGGCCGGAGAGCGAGAAGUUGUGCAAAGGGCGCUGUAGCUGCCGAGACCCAGGUGGCUCCGCCGCGGCGCGGGGGGAUUACAGCGCCUGCGGCCGGACCGUGCUGCUGCGGGCUCAGGGAAGCUCGCGCGGCUACAGGGGCACCGGGGACCCCCCCGGGUGGAUCGGGCCGGCUACUGGGGGCCGCGGAGGCUAAGUCCGUGGCUCCGGGAGCCCUCAGCCAUCUUGGCUAGGCACCGCAGGGACUGAAGGCGAAAGUUGCGGCGCCCGGCCGGGAGCGCAGCGGCCGCUGGAGCAGCGGGGAGCGCGGGUGCAGCCCCCGAGCCGACCGGAGAUGAGACAGCGGCUGAGAAGCCUCCCCCGAGCGGAUUGAGCGCGCACAUCCCCGCGGGCUCUACGCGCCUGUUCCUGGACCCGGAGCGCUGCAGGAGGCGCUGAAGGGGGCUGUUUGCGGGGCUUCCCCCUGCCCCGGACAGGCGAGAAGAGGCGUCCCCGGGGCUGUGUCCUGCCCGGCCCGGCGAGCCCUGCGGAGGGUGGCGGUGCGUUGCCGGGCACCUGCAGCAGCAAGCCGGGGGGUUCACCCUGCGGGCAGAGGCGGGACACGGGGCUGCCUGUAGGACAAUACACCCCGGAGGCGGGGCGCCCCGGGAGAGGCCAUUCCUCAGGGCGUUUGCGGUGCCCCCGGCGCCUUCCACUACUAGGGGGCAGAGAGGACUCGGCGCUGCCGGGCGGCCGCCGCCUCUCGCCGAGCAUGGAGCGGAGUUACCUGCUGGAAAUCACCUCGCUGCUCGCUGCCUUCUCCCUGCUGCAGCGCUCGAGCGCCGCCGCCUCCUCCGCUGCCGCCGCCGCCGCCUCCUCGGCCAAGGAGCUGUCGUGCCAGGAGAUCACCGUGCCCCUGUGCAAAGGCAUCGGCUACAACUACACCUACAUGCCCAACCAGUUCAACCACGACACGCAGGACGAGGCGGGGCUGGAGGUGCACCAGUUCUGGCCGCUGGUGGAGAUCCAGUGCUCGGCCGACCUGCGCUUCUUCCUCUGCAGCAUGUACACUCCCAUCUGCCUGGAGGACUAUAAGAAGCCGCUGCCGCCCUGCCGCAGCGUCUGUGAGCGGGCCAAGGCCGGCUGCGCCCCGCUCAUGCGCCAGUACGGCUUCGCCUGGCCCGACAGGAUGCGCUGCGACCGCCUGCCUGAGCAGGGCAACCCGGACACGCUGUGCAUGGACUACAACCGCACCGACCUCACCACCGCCGCGCCGCCCCCGGCCAAGCCCCCGCACCGCGGCGGGAAGGCGGGUGGCGCUGCAAGGCCCCCCGCGGCCGCUGCGCCCCCGGCCGAGCUCCCCCGCAAGCCCCGGCCGCCUCCCCCUUGCGAGCCAGGCUGCCAGUGUCGGGCGCCCAUGGUGUCGGUGUCCAGCGAGCGCCACCCGCUCUACAACCGGGUGAAGACGGGGCAGAUCGCCAACUGCGCGCUGCCCUGCCACAACCCCUACUUCAGCCCGGACGAGCGCGCCUUCACCGCCUUCUGGAUCGGCCUGUGGUCCGUGCUCUGCUUCCUCUCCACCUUCGCCACCGUCUCCACCUUCCUCAUCGACAUGGAGCGGUUCAAGUACCCGGAGCGGCCCAUCAUCUUCCUGGCCGCCUGCUACCUCUUCGUCUCGCUUGGCCACCUGGUGCGCCUGGUGGCCGGGCACGAGAAGGUGGCGUGCAGCGGCGGGGCAGGAGCCGGCGGCGCUGGGGCCGGAGCUGCUGGGGCCGGCGGGAGCGCCGCGGCGGGGGCCGCGGGCGGGCGGGGCGCGGCAGGGGGCGCGGCGGAGCUGCAGCCGGAGCUGGCGGUGGCCGAGCACGUGCGCUACGAGAGCACGGGCCCGGCGCUGUGCACCGUGGUCUUCCUGCUGGUGUACUUCUUCGGCAUGGCCAGCUCCAUCUGGUGGGUCAUCCUCUCCCUCACCUGGUUCCUGGCCGCCGGCAUGAAGUGGGGCAACGAAGCCAUCGCCGGCUACGCGCAGUACUUCCACCUGGCCGCCUGGCUGCUGCCCAGCGUCAAGUCCAUCGCCGUCCUGGCCCUCAGCUCCGUGGACGGCGACCCCGUGGCCGGCAUCUGCUACGUGGGCAACCAGAGCCUGGAGAACCUGCGGGGCUUCGUGCUGGCGCCGCUGCUCAUCUACCUGGCUAUCGGCUCCAUGUUCCUGCUGGCCGGCUUCGUCUCGCUCUUCCGCAUCCGCAGCGUGAUCAAGCAGCAGGGCGGCCCCACCAAGACGCACAAGCUGGAGAAGCUGAUGAUCCGCUUGGGGCUCUUCACCGUGCUCUACACGGUGCCGGCCGCCAGCGUGGUGGCCUGCCUCUUCUACGAGCAGCACAACCGGCCCCGCUGGGAGGCCACGCACAAUUGCCCCUGCCUGCGCGACCAGCAGCCCGACCAGGCCCGCCGCCCCGACUACGCCGUCUUCAUGCUCAAGUACUUCAUGUGCCUGGUGGUGGGCAUCACCUCCGGCGUCUGGGUCUGGUCCGGGAAGACCCUGGAGUCCUGGAGGGCCCUCUGCACCCGUUGCUGCUGGGCGAGCAAGGGAGCCGCAGCCGCCGGGCCCACGGGAGCAGGGGGCGGGGGGCAAGUAGCUGCCGCGGCGGCGGGGGAACUGGCAGGGGGAGGAGGCGGCGGCGGCGGUUCCAUGUACAGCGAUGUCAGCACUGGCUUAACGUGGAGAUCGGGCACCGCCAGUUCUGUGUCCUACCCCAAGCAGAUGCCCUUGUCUCAAGUGUGAGAGCUGGAGAGGCCAGUGGUAGGGGAGGGGGGCGCCGCUGGCCUGUAUGAAAUGCUUCCUCACUGUUUGGUGCCGUUAAUGAACCCCUAAUGGUCCCCAUUAGCUACGGCUUGUGCAGAACAAUUCAGCCGGCAGAGGCCCCAAGCACUAGCCCCCCUCCUUCCCCAUCUCCAUUCAUAUGCAGGGAGCAUGUAUUUCAAGGCGUCAGCUUAUUAUUGUGCUGGCAGAAAAGGGUGGAGGAGGCUCAGCAGUUUCUGCAGCGAGCAGGACAAGAAGUAGUUUCUGAUUCUCUCUCUGGACUUGCAGUAGAGCCCUCUUCAACGGAGGAGGUUGAUGGCCUGAUGGGACUGCAGGUUUUGGGUAUUAACGACCAGGCAAAUGCCUUAAACACACACAUCAUGUCUUAAUUAUACACCCAAAAUAAAUACGGGUUUUGCAGUAAACAAUGUAUUUAUAUAAUUAUUACUUUGUACAAAUAUGUAAGAUAUGUAUAUAUCCAAAGCUAUACAGUCUGUACAUUUUUUUGUAAAAAGUUUAGAGGCUCCCCCUGUAAGAGCAAAUAUUUGAGUAUUCUAUUUUGUCAAUAAAAUGACUUUUGAUAAAUGAUUUUUCCAAGCUUCCCCCUCCUCCUACCCUGAUUAUUCCAGAUGUUGUUAGUAGUUAACUCUGUCACUGAAAGAUGUCACUAUAAGCUAUAUUAACAAUGCAAUACUUAAUGCAGUUACUUAUCUUUAAGUUAAAAUGUGAGAUUUAAGAAAAACAAUCUUAGACUGACUUGUUGAAUGUUCUAAAACCUGAGGUGCCUUACCGUAAUUCUUUGCUGCUCUAUGCUUUGUAAGCCAUCACACUGUAUGUAAACUAAAGUUGUACAAGGCAGUAAUCUCCCACAUGCCUUGUUAUGUAUCCUGUAAAAUGGAUGUUAUUUUAGGAAUGUGAACACUCACACUACCUUUCAUAGCUAUUGUCUGUCUUUUGUAAGCACCUGCCUUUAGAGGGGCUGCAUAUGGCUAAAGUGUAAAGGUUAAUGUUUCAAAUCCAUAGAUCAUGUUUUACAGUAGAACAGUAAGUUGAGAAUUGUUAGAUCAGUCUUUCCUUAACAGAUUAAACUAAGGUUAACACCUUAACCUUUCAUACUUAA